AUGGACAAAUUACUAGCAUGGUCGGUUAAGCAGCAACAGGAGGGCACCAACGAGCCUCCACCAGACCCCAAGCUGCUGGCGCAGCUGUUUGGGGCGCCCGACGAUGCCCAGCUCAUGGUGCAGGCCAUGGUGGUCAUCACCCAGCCCGAUAACAAGCUGGAAGACAAGGAGGUGGCGUUUGACAACUUUGAGAUGCUGGUGGAGAACCUCGAUAAUGCCAACAUGAUGAAGAACCUAAAGCUGUGGGAGCCUCUGCUGGCGCAAUUGAGCUCUCCUCACCCUUCUCUGCAGAAGCUGGCUGCCUGGGUGGUUGCUACUGCGACCCAGAACAACCCCAAAUCGCAGGAGGCUCUUGUUGAACAAGGCGAUGCCGGAAUCAAGAAGCUGGUCGACCUGACUAGCCACGACGACCCCGAGGUAGUGGUCAAGUCGCUGUUUGCUCUGGCGUCUGCCAUCCGAAACUGCGACGACGCAUACAAGCUGUUUGAGUCUGCUGACGGUCUGAAGAAGGUCGUGGGCCACCUCAAGCCCGACGCGACCGCCCAGGUCAAGUCCAAGACCCUUGGAGUUCUCACAGGCAUUCUGGAGUCCGAGACCGACCUCAUGAAGCCCGAGGAGAAGAGACAGGUGUUCGAUAUCCUCGUCAAGGAGCUCGAGACCGACGACCACAUUCCCUCGCUGGAACGAUCUCUGCACGUGCUGGUGCUGCUCAACCAGAAGGGUUUCCCUUUCACCCCCGAGGAGACUGAGCAGGUCAAGAAGGCUGCCAAGAGGGUUGAGGGUAAACUUGACGAAGAGGAUGUCAAGUACAAUGAGGACUUGAAGUAUGUCAACAACCUCUAG